GAGCUCCUAGAAAUUAUUGUUUGUUAAAAUCUGGUCGUUUUUUUAUUUGGGAUUUUAUAUAUACUGAGAAGAUCUGAUCUACUUACUAAUGGAGAAGUAACGUAUCUCUUCUUGGCGUGCUGCCGAGCCGACACACAUCGCUGCCUACCUAUAUAUCCAAUCGAUCGAUCCCCAAAACCUCUCAAACCUGCUCUGCUCCUCUGUCUCUUGGCCAAUUCGGCUUGGGUCCGGCUCGGCUCGAAAAAGGGCAGGGCAGGGCAGGGUGGAGCAGAGGAGAACGAUGAAGUACAGCAAGGAGGACAAGCCCGAGAGGGCGGGCGGCGGCGGCGCCGGGUCGAGGGCCGUCCCGGUGGCGCUCGUCUUCCUCUUCCUCUGCGGUUUCUCCUUCUACCUCGGCGGCAUCUACAGCACCGGCCGCACCUUCACCUUGUUCGACCCCGCCGCCACCGCCGCCACCACGCGCACCCUGCGCGUUCCUCUUUCCACGAAACAAGAAACCUCCCUCGCCAUUGCCAACAUCGAGGAGGAAGAGGUGGAGUUCCCGGAGUGCCCCGCCGACUUCCAGGACUACACCCCCUGCACGGACCCCAAGCGGUGGCGGAGGUACGGCAACUACCGGCUCAGCUUCAUGGAGCGCCACUGCCCGCCGCCGCCGGACCGCGCCGUCUGCCUGGUCCCGCCGCCGGCGGGCUACAAGCCGCCCAUCCGCUGGCCCAAGAGCAAGGACCAGUGCUGGUACCGCAACGUGCCCUACGACUGGAUCAACAGCCAGAAGUCCAACCAGCACUGGCUCCGCAAGGAGGGCGACCGCUUCGCCUUCCCCGGCGGCGGCACCAUGUUCCCGAACGGCGUCGGCGCCUACGUGGACCUCAUGGCCGACCUGGUCCCCGGCAUGAAGGACGGCACCGUGCGCACCGCGCUCGACACGGGCUGCGGCGUCGCCAGCUGGGGCGGCGACCUGCUGGCCCGGGGCAUCCUGACGGUCUCGCUGGCGCCCAGGGACAACCACGAGGCCCAGGUGCAGUUCGCCCUGGAGCGCGGCAUCCCGGCCAUCCUCGGCAUCAUCUCCACGCAGCGCCUGCCCAUCCCCUCCGGCUCCAUCGACAUGGCGCACUGCUCCCGGUGCCUCAUCCCGUGGACCGAGUUCGGCGGGCUUUACCUCAUGGAGAUCCAGCGGGUGCUCCGCCCCGGCGGCUUCUGGGUGCUCUCCGGCCCGCCCAUCAACUACGAGAACCGCUGGCACGGAUGGAACACCACCGUCGAGGCGCAGAAGGGCGACUUCGACAGGCUCAAGAAGAUGCUCGCCGGCAUGUGCUUCAGGCUCUACGCCAAGAAGGGCGACAUCGCCGUCUGGCAGAAGCCCCUGGAUGGCGCAUCCUGCUACGACAAGCUCACGCCGGUCACCUCGCCGGCCAAGUGCGACGACAGCGUCGACCCGGACGCCGCGUGGUACGUGCCCAUGCGCUCCUGCGUCACCGCGCCCAGCGCCAAGUCCCGCGCCGCCGCCAAGCAGCUGCCCAAGUGGCCGCAGAGGCUUGGGUACAUCGCGCAGGACCGCGUCUCCGCCGUCCCCGGCGGCAGCGGCAGCGCCAUGAAGCACGACGACUCCAAGUGGAAGGCUGCCGCCAAGCACUACAAGGCGCUGCUGCCGGCGCUCGGGAGCGACAAGGUCAGGAACGUCAUGGACAUGAACACCGUCUACGGAGGCUUCGCCGCCAGCCUCGUCAAGGACCCCGUCUGGGUCAUGAACGUCGUCUCCUCAUACGGACCCAACUCCCUCGGCGUCGUCUACGACAGAGGACUCAUCGGCACCAACCACGACUGGUGCGAGGCCUUCUCUACUUACCCUCGGACGUACGAUCUGAUGCAUGCUGAUGGCCUGUUCACAGCAGAAUCGCACAGAUGUGAGAUGAAGUUUGUGCUUCUUGAGAUGGACCGUGUCCUUCGUCCAACCGGCUACGCCAUCAUCCGGGACAAUCCCUACUUCCUCGACUCGGUGGCCACCAUCGCCAAGGGGAUGAGAUGGACCUGCAACAGGCACGACACCGAGAACAAGGAGAACGAGAAGGAGAAGCUCCUCAUCUGCCACAAGAAGCUCUGGUCACCAAAGAGCACACAGUGAGUUAAUCAUGAUCCCAAUGGAAGGCAAAUGGCGUUUCAUGAUCAAAGCAAGACAUAGAACGUGGUCGACAUUUUGAUACAACAAGGGGGUUCAUAGUCAUCAAAAUAAAUUAAAUGAGCGAUAUAUAUAGCCAAUAGUUAGCUGUUAAUCAUACAUUAAUUCUUUUUCUUUGGGGAGGUAAAGUUUGGUGAGGCAACUGUAAGUUAUCCAAACACUAUAUAUGCAUUUCUGCGAUUGUAAUCAAGCUGGAUAGCUACAUAUAUUAUUUGUUCAAAACAUUUAUGGAGUACCAAAUGAUAGUGAUGUAUUCA